CGUCUAUGAUUAUAUGCCCAAUGGAAGCCUCGAUCGAUUGAUAUUUCAUGAUGAUGAUGACGAACACGAAAAGCAGCAGGAGAGAGCAAUUCUGGGCUGGAAAGAGAGGUACAGGAUAUUGCAGGACAUUGCGGCUGCCCUAUUAUACCUCCACGAGGAAUGGGAGCAAGUGGUGGUGCAUAGAGAUGUGAAGGCCAGCAAUGUCUUGCUCGACUCUGAGAUGAAUGGCCGGUUAGGGGACUUCGGUCUGGCGAGGCUAUACGAGCAGGGAUCGAACCCCCAAACCACUCGCGUAGUGGGCACACUGGGUUACAUGGCGCCAGAGCUCACACGCACCUACAAGCCCACAACCGAAGCUGACGUUUAUGGGUAUGGUGCAUUGAUGCUAGAGGUGGCAUGCGGCCGUAAACCCAUGGAGCCCAAGGCUGCAGUUGAAGAAAUGAUAUUGGUAGACCUGGUGCGAGAUCUUUACAUUGCAGGAAAAAUUGUGCAGGCCUCUGAUCCAAAGCUUAAUGGCUUGUAUGUGAAGGAAGAGAUGGAGCUGGUGUUGAAGUUAGGCUUGUUAUGCUCACACCCUGCGCCGGAGGCUAGGCCUACCAUUAGGCAGUUAUGGCAAGCUCUAGGUGGCCAUGGUUUGUUACUGCAGGAGCUACGAUUUGAGCGGGGCGAGGAGGUGGAUGUCAAGGAAACCAGCAACUCGAGUUCUUUACAAAGGUGCUCCUUUUCUCAUUCAUACAGGGUGGAGGCUGGAUUCUUUCCAAUCUCUUCACCACUCCCGCUUUUGGAUCACAAAGGGCAUACUGCACGAUGCAGUGUUUUCAAAAGUUGCAAGCCACCUUAGAAUUGUCCGAGUUAAUUCGACG